AUGUCGGAGAUACUGGACCUUUCUUUUCUGUCUGAGGUAGAAAGGGAUUUGAUCCUCAGUGUUCUACAGCGAGAUGAGGAGCUCCGGAAAGCAGAUGAGAAAAGGAUUAGGCGACUGAAGAAUGAGUUACUGGAGAUAAAAAGGAAAGGGGCCAAAAGGGGCAGCCAACACUACAGUGAUCGGACCUGUGCCCGGUGCCAGGAGAGCCUGGGCCGUUUGACUCCCAAGACCAAUACUUGUCGGGGUUGUAAUCACCUGGUGUGUCGGGACUGCUGCAUCCAGGAAAGUAAUGGUACCUGGAGGUGCAAGGUGUGCGCCAAGGAAAUAGAGCUGAAGAAAGCAACUGGAGACUGGUUUUAUGACCAGAAAGUGAAUCGCUUUGCUUACCGCACAGGCAGUGAGAUCAUUAGGAUGUCCCUGCGCCGCAAACCUGCAGUGAAUAAAAGAGAGACAGUGGGACAGUCCCUCCUUCAUCAGACACAGAUGGGUGAUAUCUGGCCAGGAAGAAAGAUCAUUCAGGAGCAACAGAAGGAGCCCAGUGUGCCAUUUGAAGUGCCAAAGCUGAAAAGUGGCAAGAGUGCACUGGAGGCCGAGAGUGAGAGUCUGGAUAGCUACACAGCUGACUCCGAUAGCACCUACAGGAGAGACUCUCUGGAUAAAUCUGGCCUUUUUCCAGAAUGGAAGAAGAUGUCUGCCCCCAAAUCUCAAGCAGAAAAGGAAACUCAGCCUGGGGAUCAAAGUGUGGUAUCUGUCAAUGAGGGUGAAAUGAUAUUCAAGAAGAACACCAGAAAAAUUCUCAGGCCUUCAGAGUACACUAAAUCCGUGAUAGAUCUUCGCCCGGAAGAUGUGGGGCAUGAAAGUGGCUCCUUGGGAGACAGAAGCAAAUCUGUCCCAGGCCUCAAUGUGGAUAUGGUAAAAGAAGAGGAAGAAGAAGACAUUGACCAUCUGGUGAAGUUGCAUCGUCAGAAGCUAGCCAGAAGCAGCAUGCAAAGUGGCUCCUCCAUGAGUACGAUUGGCAGCAUGAUGAGCAUCUACAGUGAAGCUGGUGAUUUUGGGAACAUCUCUGUGACUGGCAGGAUUGCCUUUUCCCUGAAGUAUGAGCAGCAAACACAGACUCUGGUCAUCCAUGUGAAGGAGUGCCACCAGCUGGCCUAUGCUGAUGAAGCCAAGAAGCGCUCUAACCCAUAUGUGAAAACUUAUCUUCUGCCUGACAAGUCCCGCCAAGGAAAAAGAAAAACCAGCAUCAAACGGGACACCAUCAGUCCACUAUAUGAUGAGAUCCUCAGGUAUGAGAUCCCAGAAUCUCUCCUGGCCCAGAGGAUCUUGCAGUUCUCGGUUUGGCAUCACGGUCGUUUUGGCAGAAACACUUUCCUUGGAGAGGCAGAGGUCCAAAUGGAUUCCUGGAAGCUUGAUAAGAAACUGGAUCAUUGCCUCCCCUUGCAUGGAAAGAUCAGUGCUGAGUCCCUGACUGGCUUGCCGUCACACAAAGGCGAGUUGGUGGUUUCAUUGAAAUACAUCCCAGCCUCCAAGCUCCCUCUUGGAGGUGACCGGAAAAAGAGUAAAGGUGGGGAAGGGGGAGAGCUCCAGGUGUGGAUCAAAGAAGCCAAGAACCUGACGGCUGCCAAAUCAGGAGGGACUUCAGACAGCUUUGUCAAGGGAUACCUCCUUCCCAUGAGGAACAAGGCCAGUAAGCGUAAAACUCCUGUGAUGAAGAAGACCCUGAAUCCCCACUACAACCAUACAUUUGUCUACCAUGGUGUGAGGCUGGAAGAUCUACAACACAUGUGCCUGGAGCUGACUGUGUGGGACCGGGAGCCCCUGGCCAGCAAUGACUUCCUGGGAGGGGUCAGGCUGGGUGUUGGCACUGGGAUCAGUAAUGGGGAAGUGGUGGACUGGAUGGACUCGUCUGGGGAAGAAGUGAGCCUGUGGCAGAAGAUGCGACAGUAUCCGGGGUCUUGGGCAGAAGGGACCCUGCAGCUCCGUUCCUCAAUGGCCAAGCAGAAGCUGGGUUUAUGA